AUGUCCGCCGACGAUCCCAUGGGCCUAUGCUGCUUGGUAGCCGUCACAGCCUGCGCAGACGUAUGCACGGCUGCAUGUAUCGACUUUACUACCGUCCGUCAAUCGUUCACCGCGUGCUUCAUGCCCAAAUGGUGUAGAUGUUCACGUUCAGACCCGGAAGAAGAGGAUUAUGCAGAUGACGAGGAACGUGCACGUGGGGAGCGAGAGCCGUUGUUGCGGCCAGACCUGGAAGAGGUGGCUUCUGCUGUUCAACCACGGCCGACUAUGGCUAUGGCUGUGGUUGCCGAGUGA